AUGAACACCAGGAGGAUCCUUGUGCUCAAGGAGCUCUCAGCAGACGGCCUGCACCCCGAGAGGAGUCUUGGCUUUCCCUUGGGUGGCACUCAGCGUGCAAACGCGCACAGCGCUGCCAAAAUGAUCGGGCAAGUCUGUGCCGCCGUUUGCACCGUCUUUUCUGUUGUCUAUUCUGGCUACUACCUGACCCAGCUGACUCUGCAGGCUGCCAGUGGUCAGCGGACAGCGCGGCCCAAAUUCGCAGUUGACAGCCUUGCAGGCAGCGCAGCCCAGCAGCCCGAGAUGAGGGAGGAGCGGGGCCUGAAGACACUGAGGAGCAUCGUGAGUCAGGGCCAGCCUACAGGCAAAUACACGGCAUUUGAGGAACUCGGGCGAGGAGGGUUUGGAGCUGUUUAUAAAGCCCUUGACACCAGCAGCGGACAACAGGUGGCAAUCAAGAUCAUGUCACUCGAGGAGGAGAUGUCCGAGGAGCUGGCUGCCAAUGAAAUCCUGGCCAUGAGGGACAACAGGAGUCCCAAUAUCGUUACCUACUUAGACAGCUACCUGGUGGAUGCGGAGCUCUGGCUGGCCAUGGAGUUCAUGGACGGCGGCACCUUGUUUGAUGUGCUGAGGGCAGUGUACCUGGAGGAAGGACAGAUAGGCGCUGUCUGUCGGGAGUGCCUGCAAGGACUGCAUUUCCUUCAUUCCCGCCAAGUCAUCCACAGAGACAUCAAAAGUUGCAACGUCCUGGUGGGCACGGACGGAUCCGUCAAGUUGGGUGACUUUGGCCUCUGUGCUCAGCUCAGCCCUGAGCACAGCAAGCGCAGCUCCAGCGUCGGCACUCCCAGCUGGAUGGCACCGGAGGUGGUGAGAGGAGAAGCCUACGGCCCCAAAGUGGACAUCUGGUCCCUGGGGAUCAUGGGGCUGGAAAUGGUGGAAGGGGAAGCUCCUUACCAGCGGGAAGCCCGUCUCCGGGUUUUUGAACUGCUAGAAAGGAACGGGCCCCCAAAACUGCAGAACCCCAGGCACCACUCGGCUCUCCUGCGCGACUUCCUCCGCUGCUGCCUGCAGGCAGAUGAGGACAGGCGCUGGUCUGCCCAGGAGCUCCAUCCCUUCGUGACCUCAGGCGAUCCUGCCUCCAGCCUGGCUGCUCUGAUCAUCUCAGCCAAGCGAGUGCAGGAAGACUGGAGAGGAGACACCUGCGCCUGA